GGCUGGCAAACCCGCGCAACCACAAGAAGAACUCCUUAUCUCUUCCAACCGUCCUGCAAACCCUUCACGAGUCGGUCGGACAGUUUGACUGUCAGCUCUACCUCUGAGAUUCUGCAUCGCACACCCCGACAUGACGCGAGUCUCAGUCUACAGCGCGGCCCUCGUGGCCUUUGUCGCUGCCACUACUAUGACCAUCGCAUCCAUUACGGUCCCGCACUGGAUUUCCUAUUCGGCCACCACCGUCGAUGGCCAUACGUACUCUAAACACAUUGGCCUGCACCGUACCUGCUCGAACCUCUACGACCCCCCAUGUCGCGAAUUCCCAACAGCCGACCAGUGUACCGGAGAGCGGUCAUUCUGUAGCAUGUGGCGCACCGUCGGCUUCCUUGCUUCGUUCGCGACUAUUCUGCAGCUGGCUACAAUCGUGUCGUUUCUCGUCAUCAUGGUAGGCGGCAGGUUCAAGCGCGAGGUUGGCUGGAAGCUGCUGGGUCUCAUGCUUGUCGUUGUCGGCCUAUUCGAGUUCUCUAUUAUGGGCAUUGUGGCGUACCUCUUCGAUCACGAUCAACAGUUUACCGUGCCUGGGUGGACUCUGGACACAUCUUGGGUCUUGAUGACGGUCAGUGCGUCUGUUUCCCUGAUUUGCGCUGUCGGACUGGCCGUCUCAGCCUACGUUCUGCCGUCCGAAGACGGCUACGACUUCCUAGAAGAUCCUAUCCCCUGAGCAACGAUAAUAAAGGAUGGUACCUGGUUUCGUGUCUUUAUUCGACUGCAGAUACACGACGUAUCUGGGCGUUGCUUUUGUCUUUUCUGCAUUAGGGGGCGAUGGAACGGGGUUGGAUGCCAGCCGUUCACGUCUUGGCGUGUUCAGAACGACGUACUUGGUCUGCGAGUCUCGUAGAAGGCGAUUCGGCUGGCAUCUUGUGAGCAUUUGGAUAACAUUUCAACUUUCUCUGCGUUCUCGCUUUGCAAC